UGGCAGCCUGCAUGAUGUCACAAAUUUAGCAUUCCAAAUCCCAGCAAGCGGAAGAAGAAAUAUACCAUGGGUGUGAGAAGAAGGAAACAUCUAUUUAAAGAAAUGAUCUUCAGCCUUUAGGAGAUGAGUCAAGAUAACAUCUCAAAGAAAAAGAAGAGUAACGGGGCCAUGAAAGUUGUCAAAGAAAACAAUUACUUAGAUAAGAAGACCAUGAGGGAAGUGGAGAAACAGAACACGCGCCAGAACGCCCAGAUGAGGCGUGCAGUGAACCCGAUUCACUCGCUAAGGCGUUGUUCGAUGUGGUGUUUUUCGUCGUAUAGACGCUGCCUUGGCCUGGGGGCUGUGGAGGGAGCAUUACUUCUUGGCCCCUUCCGCAGUCUGAGUGUUUAUUUAUAUGUGUGCCUGUUGUGGGAGCAGGGUCGGCAGGCCAUCAUAAUCAGGAGUAUAGUGCAGGAGUUUAUCACGCUGAAAAGUGACUCCCAGAAAAACCUCCGGCAAGGCCGAAGUUCACGGGGUUCUGUCCCGGAGGAUAGCAAAAACCGGACUUCCAGGCAAAUCAUCCCCCACGUGAACUCCAAAGGCUCCCUUUCGGAUUCUGGGGAGCCCAAGACGUCUUCUCUUGCUCCACCUGAGAAGGCACCUACCCCUCCAGAAAAGCAUGCAGUAACACCCCCACCCCCCCCAUCCCACACUCCACCUCCAACCUCAGAAAUGCUGAAGGCCCGACUGUCCCAGGAAUGGAAGAACCCAAAACACUCAUCCUCUCAUAGCUCCAAGGAAUCAAGUGAAGAUAAUGAUGACGACGUUUCCAACUGGACUCCUGGAAGACCCAGGCCACCCAAACCUAAGCAAGCUAUCACCAUUGCUGUCUCUUCCCGGGCACUCUUCAAUAUGGCGGAAGACAAUAAAAUCUUUGAGAAAGAAGGACUGGAGAAGUACAUGGAAUACCAGCUCACCCACGAGAAUGUCACUCUGAAACCUGGACCCGCAUUUGGCUUUGUCAAGGCCCUGCAGAACGUCAAUGCCAGACUGCGCAGCCUUUAUCCCAAGGAACAGGACUUGUUUGAUAUUGUGCUGAUGACUAAUAACCAUGCCCAAGUGGGGGUGAGGAUCAUAAACAGCAUCAAUCACCACGGCUUAUUAAUUGACCGCUUCUGCCUGACUGGCGGAGAAAGCCCUAUUGGGUAUCUAAAGACGUAUCUUACAAACUUAUAUCUUUCUGCAGAUUCUGAUAAGGUACAAGAAGCCAUAGAAGAAGGGAUUGCUGCAGCAACGAUGUACUUGGGGAACAAAGACUUGCCAUUCUUGGAUACACAACUCCGAGUAGCCUUUGAUGGGGAUGCUAUCCUUUUUUCGGAUGAUUUUGAUCAAAAUAGUAAUAAGAAAGAAUCAGAAAAAAACGUUCAUCACGAAUCAACAAGUUUUAGAAAGAACAAGUAUCUUGUUCAGGGUCCCUUGAAACGAUUCCUAGAAGACUUAGGGCGCCUGCAAAAGAAGUUUUACGCCAAAGAUGAGCGGCUGCUCUGCCCCAUCAGGACCUACCUCAUCACAGCCAGGAGCGCGGCCAACUCAGGGGCCUGUGUGCUCAAGAGACUUCGGACCUGGGGCCUCGAGAUCGACGAGGCGCUCUUCCUGGCGGGGGCCCCCAAGGGGCCUAUUUUGGUCAAAAUCCGUCCCCAUAUCUUCUUUAAUGAUGACAUGUUCCACAUAAAGGAAGCACAGAAGUAUGGCACCUUAGUAGGCAAUGUAUCCUUCCCCAGUCUCUGGAGAGGAAGCCAAAAUCAGGAAGUUGAGAAGAAAUAAAAAUGGAGUGUUACUCA